AUGGCCCAACCCAACCAGCGCACGAUGCGAAUCAUACAUUUCUACGACGCCCUACUUCCCGUACCUUACGAUCGCCGCCUCAGGCGGCCCAUGUUGGCCGGGUUGAACGGCUGCUCCGAAUCCCUAAACAUGUCUAGCCUCCGAAAUGCAUGGAACUUCUCGCUGCACCUCCCUCCGAGCAUCGACUACGCGAACUUCCAGCACCUACUCUCCACACCCGAAGACGACGAGGCCCGCGUGGUGCUAGUGACUGCUAUCCCGAACUUCACGGAAGACGGACGCGACUACCUUGAGUUCACAUGGCACACGAUGACGGAGCAAUCGGACAGCUUGCUGAGAGAAUCUUGGCCGGUACGAGGGGAAGGGAAAAAGAUGGUGCUGCUUGGACCUUUUCCGCACGGGUUGUUGUUCUGGAUGCAUAUGAAUCUGAAGCCGUUACUGCUGGAACAGGAUGUGGAUAAGCAGCAGUAUGACGCGCUUGCGGGGUUUUACUUAGAGAGGCUGCACCAAUUACGGGUUGCGGUGGUUGGAGAGGCUGAGGGAUCAAUCCUCAGUUUGGCGCAAUUCGGAGAGCAUUCUUCUGACCAAGCGCUUGAGAAAUCGUUCGCUCGAUGA